AGUACUGAGGGACCGGGUUCAUACAAUACUACCGAGACAACUAGGCACAGCUUAGCACACAGAUACAGCACAAUGUCUAUUUCAGCCCCGCUGUAAGUGAUGCUGCACUAAGGAACACUUUCAUCCAACUCCGUUGGGGGACAGAACACUACCCAGGCUACAGCCCAUUUACGUGUUAUUUUUUUUUAGCUGAAUAAUAACCAUUACAAAAAUGAAAACAGUGCUGUCAGAACUGAAGUUUUCAGACAUCGUACCAAACUGUUUCAUUUUUGCGCGCUCUUGGAUGGAAGUUUAUGCGCUUGUUAAAAAGCUGUAACACAUGCUCAGUGAAACGGUCUUCCAUACAAGCGGUUUUCACAAUUUAUAGCAAGAGAAAACAUUUUAAAACACACGUUGGCUAGGGCUAUUUAGGGUCAAGCAACUUGGACCAUCAGCAUCUCUCCUGCCGCCCGUGAUUGAAUCACAGUUUAACCCAAGAUAUCUGAAGAGGAAUUACAUCGGCUCUUUGAGUUACAAAGUUAUUCUGCAAUCAAUGGUUUUUGCCUUCCGCAUGUGGACGAUAGACUUUAUAGGGCAUGGAUAAUAUUCUUUAGUGGAUAACCCUGUUGAUUUGUGUUUUAUUUGAUUCCCGCUACGGAAGAGGAUUUUCUUUCUCCCCUAUUCCACUUCAGUGUAAUUAUAUGGCACUUCUUCUUCUAAAGCAGUGAUGUCGCUACGUGACGGGAAUUGCGAUUGAUUUUCCAUAUUCUGUUUCAAGGGAUUUAAGUGACAGAGUUGCAGCCUUACAAGAAAAGCUCCCAUCCUCUCUGAUUAUGGACUUAGCAGGUCAGGCUAAUGUGCUGGUGGUGUUGCUCACCUGCCUGGUCCUGCUGUCCUGGGCCCAAGAGAAAGACUACACGGUGAGGGAGGAGCAGCCCGAGAAUGUCCGCAUCGGGAAUCUGCGGAAGGACUUGGACCUUAACCUUGACCCUGACUUAAAGCUGUCUUCGCCACUGCAGUUCAAGCCCGUCUACAAAACGGGCGAUGUGCCUUUGGUGAGGGUGGAGGCCAACACUGGGGAGAUCUUCACCACGGCUCACCGCAUCGACCGCGAGAAGCUCUGCUCGGGAGUAUUCAACGAGAAGCGCUGCUUCUACGAGAUCGAGGUAGCCGUUCUGCCUGACGAGAUCUUCCGUCUGGUCAAGAUCCGGUUCCUGAUUGAGGACGUCAAUGACAACGCUCCACUCUUCCAGUCCACCGUUAUAAACAUCUCCAUCCCAGAGAACACAGCCAUCAACACCCGGUACCCCGUGCCCUCUGCGUAUGACCCAGAUGUGGGGAUCAAUGGGAUUCAACACUAUGAACUUGUCAAGAGUGUGAGUGAGUUUGGCCUGGACAUCAUCGAGACCCCAGAGGGAGACAGAUGGCCUCAGCUGAUCGUCCAGCAGAGCCUGGACCGCGAACAGAAGGACACCUUCGUCAUGAAAAUCAAGGUGGAGGACGGAGGAACCCCCCCAAAGUCCAGCACGGCCAUCCUCCAGGUCACCAUCGCCGACGUCAACGACAAUCGACCGGUCUUCAAGGACAGCGAGGUGGAGGUGAACAUCCCAGAGAACGCCCCCAUGGGAACCUCCGUCACCCAGCUCCACGCCACGGACGCAGACCUCGGCUCCAACGCCCAGAUCCACUUCUCCUUCUCCAACCAGAUUUCCUCGUCCACCAAGAGGCAUUUUGCCAUCGACAGCACCACCGGGCUGAUCACCGUCAAGCAGCCCUUAGACCGGGAGUCCACCCCGGUCCACAAACUCAUCGUCCUGGCCAGCGACGGCAGCUCCACCCCCUCCAGAGCUGCGGUUAUCGUCAACGUAACGGACAUUAAUGACAACGUUCCGUCCAUAGACACUCGGUACAUAAUGAACCUUGUUAAUGGAACGGUUCUGCUGUCAGAGAACGCUCCUCUCAACACAAAAAUAGCCCUAAUUACAGUGACGGACAAGGACCUGGAUCUGAACGGCAAAGUGACUUGUUACACCGACCACGAUGUUCCUUUCAGGUUAAAGCCAGUCUUUAAUGACCAGUUCCUGCUGGAGACUGCGGCUCCCCUAGAUUACGAAACAACCAGGGAAUAUGCAAUUAAGAUAGUGGCGUCGGAUUCUGGGAAGCCUCCUUUGAACACUUCAGCGAUGGUUUUAAUUAAAAUGAAGGACGAGAAUGACAACGCUCCCAUCUUCCCUCAGCCUGAGAUUCAGCUGUCCAUACCAGAGAACAAUGAUCCGUCCACGCAGCUCAUAAAGAUCAGUGCCACAGAUGCAGACAGCGGACAUAAUGGUGAGAUUAUUUAUUCUCUUGGCCCUGACGCUCCCGAUGGGUUUAACAUAGAUCGGCGGUCAGGAAUCCUGUCCGUUGGCAAACGCCUGGACAGAGAGAAGCAGGAGAAGUAUUCGUUCGCUGUCAUGGCGAGGGACAAUGGGUCUACUUCGCUGCAGAGCAAUGUCACAGUGAGGUUGAUAGUGCAGGACCUCAACGACAACAGCCCAGCUUUCACCCAUCCUGAGUAUAACUUCUACGUGCCUGAGAAUCUGCCUCUAUAUGGGACAGUGGGUCUGAUCACCGUCACAGACUCUGACGCAGGUGACAACGCCGUCGUAACGCUGUCCAUCCUGAACGGGAAAGACAAUUUCGUUAUUGAUCCCCGGACCGGUGUGAUCAAACCCAACAUCACGUUUGAUAGAGAGCAGCAGAGCUCUUACACUUUUAUGGUGAAGGCUGUAGACGGAGGGCAACCGCCCAGCACUUCAUACGCCAAGGUCACCAUAAACGUCGUGGACGUCAAUGACAAUCGACCCGUUUUUGUUAUCCCCUCGUCCAAUUACUCUUACGAUCUGGUCCAGUCUACCACCAGCCCUGGGUCUGUGGUCACCAGAGUGUUCGCUAUGGACAAUGACACUGGCAUGAAUGCUGAGCUGCAGUACAGCAUCAUUGGAGGAUCACCAAGAGGCCUGUUUGCCAUAGACAAAACAACUGGUAAUAUAACUCUGCAGGAGAAGGUAGUCUCAGCCGAUCAGGGUUUACACCGGCUGGUGGUGAAAGUCAAAGACCUGGGCCAGCCAGAGUCCUUACACGCUAUCGCCCUCAUUCAUCUGUUCAUUAACGAGACUGUUUCCAACGCUACGUUCAUACAGGAGCAGCUACGUAAGAGCUUGGAGACUCCAUUGGACCGUAACGUGGGAAACAGUGAGGUCACACCCCAAGUCAACGGAUACGUGAUUGUUGUCAUCGCUAUUAUCGCUGGGACUAUGACAGUCAUCUUAGUCAUCUUCGUGACUGCCUUGGUGCGCUGCCGCCAGACGCCCAGGCAUAAAGUGGUGCAGAAGGGCAAGCAGAGCGGCGAGUGGGUGUCGCCCAACCAGGAGAACCGUCAAAUCAAGAAGAAAAAGAAGAAAAAGAAGAGAUCCCCUAAGAGCCUCCUCUUGAACUUUGUCACCAUAGAAGAAUCCAAGUCUGAUGAUCCCAGCCAGGAGCACAUUAAUGGAACCCUGGACCUCCCCGUGGAGCUAGAUGAGCAGACCAUGGGGAAAUACAACUGGGCCACUACUCCGACCACCUUCAAACCUGACAGUCCAGACUUAGCCAAGCAUUACAAGUCCGCCUCCCCACAGCCGACCUUCCAAAUCAAACCAGAGACCCCGAUGGCGCCCAAUAAACAUCACGUGAUUCAGGAGCUCCCGCUGGACAACACGUUUGUGGUGGGCUGUGACUCGCACUCCAAGUGCCUCUCCACCAGCUCGGACCCGUACUCUGUCUCAGAGUGCAGCUGUCAGGGGGGAUUCAAGACUCCUGGGCAAAUCCACACCAGACAGGAGACGGCACUGAAACCACCACUCUAUGGCACACUCUGUGGCACAGGUACAACUCGCUCCCACAGGAUAAAAAUCAAUCUCUAGCUGCCAGUACCUAGAGAGAGAAAGAGAGAGGGAGAGAGAGAGAGAGAGAGAGCGAGAGAGAGAGGGAGGAAGGCACAGAGGAAGAGGUGAAUCUCAUACUAUACAAUCUCUACGGCCUCGAACACCAACCGACAAAAGGAAUAUGUUCAUUUGGUUCAUUUUUGUGGGCUUUUUUUUAUUUAUUUUAAUUAAAAUUAAUUUCACAGAAAUUAAGACACGUUGUUGCCUGCCUAAAACUUGACGAAGCUCUCCUUGUGAAUCCUGUAGGAUGUUUGAAAUGCUUCAUAGGUACCCAUCAUUUACAUGAUCUCUUAUCAUAUCUUUCUCCUAGAUGAUGACUCACGCUAUGACCCACCCACCUGUAAAAAAACAAACAAAAAAACAUACAGUACAAAUACAAUGAAUAGUUAUUCUGUACUUUAUUCUGUAAAGUAUGUUUAUAUGUAUGUAUGUAUGUAUAUUUAUUACUGAGCUUACUAUGGUUAUAUUUAUUGAUUCUGCUUGACUAAAGUUUGACCUACCUGGUGGCUGUUUUUUUAUUGUUUUUUUCCUUGUUUUGACUAAAGUUUAACCUACUGUGUCUUUUUUUUUUUUUUUUAUUGAUGUUUUUCUACUUGCUUUUUAAUCCAUUGAAUUUGCUAUUUCUGGGCUUGCUCAUGGAUAUACUGACUGGCAAUGUAUAAUGCUGCAAGCUAAGCCUACUGCUAAUGGCAUUACUGCUAAUGGUCCUACUGCUAACGGUUCUACUGCUAACGGUCCUACUGCUAACGGUCCUACUGCUAAUGGUCCUAGUGGUAACGGUCCUACUGCUAAUGGUCCUAGUGCUAACGGUCCUACUGCUAAUGGUCCUAGUGCUAACGGUCCUACUGCUAACGGUCCUACAGCUAACGGUCCUACUGCUAACGGUCCUACUGCUAACGGUCCUACUGCUAACGGUUCUACUGCUAACGGUCCUACUGCUAACGGUCCUACUGCUAAUGGUCCUGCUGCUAAAGGUCCUACUGCUAACGGUCUUACUGCUAACGGUCCUACUGCUAACGGUCCUACUGCUAACGGUCCUACUGCUAAUGGUCCUACUGCUAAUGGUCCUACUGCUAAAGGUCCUACUGCUAAUGGUCCUAGUGCUAACGGUCCUACUGCUAACGGUCCUACUGCUAACGGUCCUACGUAUGUGACUGUUCUGCCCGUGUCACCAUGUACCUUCAUGUCAAUGAUCACCUCGUGUCAUCCCAUACACUUAAUGCGCCACAGUUAGUGUUAGUAGUGAAGAGUGUGUCUAGUGUUAAUAGGCCCACUGGACUGGAACACCACAUUGUAGUGCUUUACCAGGACCAGGAGGACUGUGUCUACUGAUUGCCACCGUAGGACAUUAGGGAAUUGUACCACAUAGUAGAGAGGAGGAGUUUAAUACUUUGAGCUAAGCCACAAUCACAAGGGACCGAAGGCUUUGUUCAUAAUCAAAAGCUGUUCUAUGUUGGACUAAACAGACGAGCACCACGGUUAACCUUAGUGUACCGGAGUCAGCUGGACAGCUCCACAAGUCACAGCCGGUUUAACCUGUGAGAUAUAAUAUUACAUAUUUAAAAAGAUGAUUCCAAAUGGUAAAACUCAGGCAGUCGUUGAUACCACUUGGUUGACCUAAAGCAAAAAAAAAAGACUAACUUGAAUUUGUGCACUUAUUUAUAUCAAUGCAUUAUUUAUUGAAGUGAAAUUAGGAGAGAUAAACAUUGAACAUCGAAACGAGUAGAGGUAGCGCAAGCAGCAUUCAGCAGGCUUCAAUUUAUUAACAGCAAUAAGGUGACAUUUAGGAUGAGAGAGAAUCUGUUUUACAGUGCACGUUCAAUAUGGUAAGCCUUUGGUUCUGACUUGGUAUCCACACAAAUAUAUGCCUCUACUGUAUCUUGUAAACACUUGGACUCAUUGUUAUGUCCUGAUCUUUGAUUACUAUCUAAUAAACAGCUUGGUGGGUUUAGCACUGUUGUUAAUAGUCAUGAUGUUUAAUGGUGUCUUAUAAAGAGACUGCUUUGGUUAGGCGAGGCUGUGUGUGCAGUCUGUAUGGCACAUAUAGGAUACCUUCCUAAUGAUCCAAAUCGUUUCUGGAUGUAGGUACCGGAUGUAAAUAUGGUAUCAAAUGUAUCACUACUGAGUAGAACCACAGUGUGAACUACACAGAGCAUCUUAGCACUGUAAUCAUCAUUCGAUUGAACAGAUCUUUGGGAGAAAAAUAGAAAAAUCAUACAUGAAUACAGGAGAGUAGACAGUUUUGAUCUGUUGUAAGGGAGACAGAUGACAAUGAAAUACCAACCUCACUUUUAUUCAAUGUGAAGUACGAUAUGCUCCUUACAUAAUCUUUGUAAUUAACUUUGAUUUGCCAAUUGUGUGAAGAAAAACGGUAUAUAAAUGUUUUGUUUAUGUAUAUGUGUGUGUGAGCUUCUGGAAUUUAUUAAAGUCUUUUUGCAUUGUA